CUCAGUGUCCAGCCUCCUCAUGUGCGGGGGCCUGGCCAAGAAUCCACUUUAUGUUGAGCUGCACGCAGACGCCACGGGGUUGCCGGUGUUAGUACCCUCAGAGACAGAGUCGGUGUUGCUCGGUGGCGCCAUCCUGGCGGCCAGCGCAAGUGGUCGCUACUCCAGCGUCACGGAGGCUAUGCUCCGCAUGGGCGGCUCGGGCAAAGUGCUGGCGCCGCGUUCGAGCGAGUGGCGGUUCCACGAUGCCAAGUACGCCGCUUUCCGCGCGCUCCUCGACUGCCAGCUACGUCUCAGGGAGAUCAUGUCGCCCGGUGGGAGACCACCGUCCUCGUGUUCUUGACCUUAAUUCUAUCUCCUAUUCUUACGACCUCGAUGCAGCCCCCCUACCACCUCACUCGGCAUCCAAAGGAAGGAUACGAAGGCGUGGCGCUGAUGGAGGCCUCCUCGAUCGCUCAGUCGCGAAGUCAACCAAGAAGUUGUUUUUUUCUUACUCUCUCGGACGGCAGAUAUCUUCGUGAUGAGC